UUAAAUAAGACAACUUUUUCAACUCAAGAGUAGCGCCAUACACGACGGGAUAUUUUACUGUCAGAUUUAAAAGUUUCAAUAAAAGAUGGAUUUGAGGAGUUUAGUAGGCCUACCUGGUGUUCUGCUACUCUUCGGUUUGGUCGCUGUGUUCGCGCAAACUGCCGCACCAAGGAUAGUGUGUGAGACUAAGAAUGGAACAAGCUGUGCGGAAUGUCUAACGAUUGUGACGUGCCUGUGGUGUCAGAAGACUAAGAUGUGUAUCACGUACCCAGUCAACACCAUCCUCCCCCCGCACACCCUCUGCCCCCUCAAGGAUGCACGCUGGGGGCGCUGCUGGGUAAAUUUCCAGUCCUUGAUCAUCGCCAUGGCGGUGGUGGGUGGAGUCAUUAUCAUCGCCUUCCUGGUCUGCCUCUUCUGCUGCUGCAAGUGUGAACACAUCGGGUCUACGAGGUUCGAUGCCAAGAUGGAGAGACGGACCAAUAAGAUGAAGGGAAAGCAGGAAGAGAGAAAGGCAGAGAUGAAGAUGAGGCAUGAAGAAAUCAGAACGAAAUAUGGUCUCAGUGGGUCCAACCCGUACUCCAAAUUCUCUUGA